UGCUCCAUACGUCCAGAACUAACAGAAUAAAGUCAUCCUUAAAGCUCUUCCCAAACUUCCAGAAGUUUCUUCAUCUUGCUACAAAGGGGGAGGAAAGCCCAAAUUCUGGAAGUUUAUGCACAAGAAACUUUAACAAUCAGAAAACCCCUGAAGGUUGCUGCUGUGUAUGCACAUUCCCCGCAGCCAUGCACUUGAAGAUCCUAAUCGCGUUUUGUUUACUGGUCACUGCCAACGGUGCUGUGAAGAAAGAUGCAGCUGCUGAGAAGAAACCUGCCGCAGCUGCUGAGAAGAAACCUGCCGCAGCUGCUGAAAAGAAGCCUGCCGCAGCUGCUCCUGCUGCCGCUGCUCCUGCUGCUGCAAAGCCUGCCGCUGCUCCUGCCCCAAAGAAACCCCUGAGUCCCUCCGCCACCAUACUGGCCGACCACAGCGUGGGCCUGGCCAUCAACCUGUACCAGAACAUGGCCAAGGAGAAGGGCACGGAGAACAUCGUCAUCUCGCCCGUGGUGGUGGCCAACUCCCUGGGCCUGGUGGCCUUCGGUGGCAAAUCGUCCACGGCCUCACAGGUCAGGGCAGUGCUGAGUGACGACCGUCUGAAGGACGAGCAGCUGCACCCCAGCCUGGCGGAGCUGCUGACGGAGAUGAGCGACGCGGCCGAGCGCAACGUCACCUGGAAGAUCAGCAACCGCCUGUACGGGCCCAGCUCCGUCAACUUCGCCGACGGCUUCGUCAAGGACAGCAAGAAGCACUACAAGUUCGAGCACUCCAAGAUCAACUUCCGCGACAAGCGCAGCGCCGUCAGCUCCAUCAACGAGUGGGCCACCAAGUCCACGGACGGGAAGCUGCCGGAGGUCACCAAGGACGUGGACAAGACGGACGGCGCUAUGAUCGUCAAUGCCAUGUUCUUCAAACUUCACUGGGACGAGCAGUUCCACCCCAAGAUGGUGGACAACCGUGGCUUCCUGGUGUCUCGUACCCUGAAACUCUCCAUUCCCAUGAUGCACCGCACUGGCAUGUAUGGCUACUAUGAGGACACGGAGAACAAGCUGUUCAUCCUGAACAUGCCCCUGGCCCACAAGAAGUCCUCCAUGGUCUUCCUGAUGCCCUACCACGUGGAGCCCCUGGAGCGCCUGGAGAAGCUCCUGAGCCGCAAGCAGCUGGACACCUGGUUCAGCAAGAUAGAGGAGAAAGCCGUGGCAGUGUCCCUCCCCAAGACCAGCGUGGAAGUCAGCCACGACCUUCAGAAACACCUUGGUGGGCUGGGCCUGACCGAGGCCGUGGACAAGACCAAGGCCGACCUGUCGCACAUCUCCGGCAAGAAGGACCUCUACCUCUCCAACGUCUACCACGCCUCGGCCAUGGAGUGGGGCACGGACGGCAACGCGCCCGACCACAGCAUCUACGGCUCGGACAAGCUGAAGAGCCCCAAGCUCUUCUACGCCGACCACCCCUUCAUCUUCAUGGUCAGGGACACCAAGACCAACUCCCUCCUCUUCAUCGGCAGAAUGGUGCGGCCCAAGGGUGACAUCAUGCGCGACGAGUUAUAACCAGUGUGAACGUGUGUGUGCGUGUGUGUGUGUCCGUGUGUGUGUGUGUGUGUGUGUGUGUGUGUGUGUUCUACACACUGCAAAACAUUGCAGCCAGUCAAACAUAAAAAAGCAAGUUCCCCUGCUGACUUAAGUUAACUGAACUCGAGACUUAACUCAACUCGAGGCUUUCUCAAGUUGAGUUAACUUAUGCCUCUUUUCCACUGCUGGUUUUCUGGUAGGCCUACAGCUCGACAGAACGUGACUCGUACGCCACUUUUCACUUUUCAAUUGAGCUGUAUCAUGCCUAUUCGAAAAGCAAAAAGUGGCAGCAGAGUCACACUGUCGUGCUGUAGGCCUAGCAGAAAACCGACAGUGGAAAAGAGCAUAUACAAACUUAAGGCAGCAGGGCAACUUACUUUUUACAUUUAACAGGCUGAUAUGUUUUACAGUGUGUAAGCGAGACGGGAGCAGAACACUUUCACCAACAUAUGCAGGAGGAACAACAUGCUUAUAUUAAGUAUGCUCCCUUUAAAAUCUGCCAUGAGGUUAAUGUAUGCGUUCCUCUCAGGGAUUCUCUGAAAACUGAAAGAAGAUUUAAAAAACAUGUUCACUGUAAACACCAAUUAUAUUCAGUUUUUAGAGAAUGUAAACUGGGAUUCGUCAUUAAUUGUGGAUGAAGUUAAAAAAUGAUUUCAAAUGUAGUUUUAAAGUCUUAAAUGGUUUGCAGAAUGCAGAACAAACCAUACUAAAACCAGAACUCUUUAUUUUUAAAUUGGAAAUUGUCAUGUUUUAUAUAUAAUCGGACCAGUUUAAACAAAGCUGCAAUGUGACGACAAACGAGUUGUAAGUCUUAUUUCACUGACACCAUUUAAAGUUGUGGUUUGAAAAGAGUGUGUUAUUUAUGUUAAAUUGACCAUCUUCGUAGUCUAGUGUAUAAAGGUUUCACAAGUUCCAAAUUCAGAACUAUGUAUCUACACUACACUUGCCCGUGUUAGAAUCAUUCCUCUUGUAAAGACACCCAUGCGCACUGACACAACCUGUGGGAUCUUAGCUUGAGUAAAGUGCAGUACCAAUAAAAAGCCAUUUGUGGAAUAUGUCUGUUCCCACAGUGUUUGAAUGUGAGGGUGACAUGGAUAUUGUCUUCAAUGUUUUGCAAUAAAAGAUUUUACUUAACACAA